AUGUUUGGUCGAGCUCAUCCGACAAUACCUUGCUCUACACCCCCCUCCUCCAGUCAUGGUGAGCAAUCCCCUCCCGUUCCAUUGUCCCAUCGGUUGUCGCAUCGCAUCGUAUCGUGAUUCUGACGUCGUAUGCGCGUCGUUUUUCCCUUUCUCUCAGGUUGGGUCAAGGCCAUCGGGCUCGUCUUUCUCGGUGUUCCUGUAGCGUAUUACAGCUACGUCGAAUUGUUCCGCGCACGAGAGAUCCGGAGACGGAGAGUGCAGUACCAUAGCAAGCGACAACGACGUUUGGAACGAAUCGUCGCGAACGAGGGUGACAAGGUCGGCGCAUCGGCAUCGAGUACCGAGGAGGUGACGAAGCCUGAGAAGGAGGGAUCCGAGGGAGUGUCGGUGGGGAAAGAGAGGAGAGGUAUUAGUGAGGAGGAGUAUGAGGAGAUCGCGGAGAUGUAUGCGCCGUACGUAUUAGGGGGGAGGUAUUGUAAUGCGCUCGGGCCGGAAUGGAGAGAACAAGGAGGUUCGUUCCUUUUCUUCGUCGCGUAAACCCGGAUGCGAUGCUGAUGCAAUAUUGCUCUCACAGCAUGGGAGUGGAUCGCAUGGAAAUUGAUAUGGGCACCCUUGCAUGGAACUCUCUUUUGGAACGCCGGCGUACCAACCGAUCCGAUCAAACUUGCCGAAUCGCUUCCUCUCGAAAGGCCCAACUUUGAGCUUCUGUUCGGCUUCGACCCGGAACAGGUCUCCGUCGACACCGCGCCACCUGAACCGACAGCUAAGGACUCCCCGGACGCUCGACUAGCGGAAAGUAUCGGAGACCUUUCGGCCAGUUGGGAUCGACUCUCGUCCUCAACCCCGGCCUCUCUUUCGUCCGCAACCUCGCAACGCGUCUCUCGAUCCAACAGUGAGACCCCACCACGAGUCGAAGUGGGCGAGGAUCUAACGGCGACAUGGAUCGGUCAAUCGACGACCUUUUUCCAACUCGACGGCGUCUCGGUCCUGACCGACCCCGUUUUUGCCCACCGCACCGUCGAUACCGUCCUCGCCCCUCCCCGGUUAUGCCCACCCCCUUGUCCUCUCUCAGCGCUUUUAUCGAUCCAACUCGUGCUUGUCUCGCACGACCACUUUGAUCAUGUCCACCCCGACGACGUACGGUACCUCGGCAACUCGGUGCACUGGGUCGUCCCCAUCGGGAUGGGAAAAUUCCUCCGCUCGCUCGGCGUAACUCGUUUCUCCGAAUUGAGCUGGUGGCAAACGACCGUGCUCGAUUUCACCGUCCCCCUUCGAGGAGGUCGAACCGAAUCACGCAAACUCAACAUCACCGCCACACCUGCACAACAUUGGUCCUCUCGAGGUCCAUUGGAUACGAACCAAUCGUUGUGGUGUUCGUACGUGGUCGAAGGGAAACACGAAACCGUCUUCCACGCCGGUGAUACGGGCUACAACGCGACCUUGUUCAAAGCGAUCGGUAAAGUUUUCGGUCCUUUCGACCUUGCCUUGCUCCCCAUCGGUUCCUACACCCCAAGAUGGCACAUGAUCUCUCAACACUGCAACCCCGAAGACGCGGUCAAGAUUUGUUUGGACCUCGGUGCCAAAAAGGCGUGGGCACAACAUUGGGGGACGUGGAUCUUGAGCGAUGAACAUUAUUUGGAACCGCCGAAGAUGUUGGAUCUGGCGAGGAAGAAAUGGGGUUUGGAGGAGGGUAGGUUCGAGGUGGUUAGACCGGGGAGGACGGGGUGUUGGAAGAGGGUGGAGAGUAGGGAGAGGGAGGGGGAGGGGGAGGACGAGGACGAGGAGAAGUAG